AUGUCAAAUAAAUUAGGAAACGCUUUUGCUCAAUUGAUACGAAUGUUUCUUCGAAAUGAAAUGCGCAGAGAAGGGAUGACUGAAAAAGUCAAGUUACCGGAACAUAUGCUGCAGAUCGAGAGAUCAGAUACUAAUAAAUCAGUUAUAAAGCAGUUUGGAGGACAAUUGUUGGAAGCCAACCAAAAGUAUGGCAAUUACAGCUACCAAAGGUUUGAUGAAAUAUUCCAAAACAAUUCUGUCAUCGUAAACAAACUGGUUAAUUUCAUAAAACUACAAAAAACAAAUAAUGUACGUGUCCCAGAGUUAACAAGGGAAGAUAUUAACCAUUUGUCACACAAUCUUACCAAAUACAACAUAGAUUUAUGCAAUUUAUCGUGUAAAAGUACUGAUGUUCUGGAAAAGUGUCUAAACGAUUUUAUUAAAGAUUUUGACAAAAGAAACCCCAGUGUACAUACAAAAAAUCGUUUCGAGAUUAAUGAUUAUGAUGAAAAGCAAGAUGUGAAGCCUAGCCGGAGAAUUGAUACUUACAAUAGUAAAGAGUUUUAUGAGGUUGCUGAUCGUUUGGAUCAUUCUAAUAACACGAUUAAUAUGCAUGAAGAAUGUUCCAAACGAACGGCAAGAUAUGUAGGCAAGAAAGAAGAUUCUCAGUUCGGUUUUUCAUCUUCUGUUUCGAAAAGAGCAAUGAUAAUGGACACGGCACAUAAUUCUGCAACCACCCAGAAAUGUCUGUGUCAAUGUCGAGUGACAAAAUUCAUACGCAUUGGUAUUGCUGAUAAAAACGAUAAUCCGCCAUAUUUUGACAAAUCCCUCUACGAGGCCGAAGUCGAUGAGAAUGAGGAUAUACAACAUACUGUUUUGACUGUCACAGCAAAGGAUCAUGAUGAAUCCUCACGUAUACGUUAUGAAAUUACAAGCGGCAACAUCGGCGGCGCUUUUGCGGUUAAAAACAUGACGGGUGCCAUUUAUGUGGCGGGUGCACUGGAUUACGAGACCCGAAGGAGGUAUGAGCUUCGUUUAGCUGCAUCCGAUAAUUUGAAGGAAAACUAUACGACGGUCAUAAUUCAUGUCAAGGAUGUCAACGAUAAUCCACCCGUCUUUGAGCGACCCACUUACCGUACACAAAUCACUGAGGAAGAUGAUCGCAAUUUACCCAAACGUGUCUUACAGGUCACAGCCACUGAUGGCGAUAAGGACAGACCGCAAAAUAUUGUUUACUUUUUGACUGGUCAAGGCAUUGAUCCGGAUAAUCCAGCUAAUAGCAAAUUUGACAUAAAUCGUACAACUGGUGAAAUAUUUGUGCUUAAGCCACUUGAUCGAGACCAGCCGAAUGGCCGUCCACAGUGGCGCUUCACUGUAUUCGCACAGGAUGAAGGUGGUGAAGGUUUGGUUGGUUAUGCGGAUGUACAAGUGAAUCUGAAGGAUAUAAACGAUAAUGCACCAAUAUUCCCACAAGGCGUCUAUUUUGGAAAUGUUACUGAAAACGGCACAGCUGGCAUGGUCGUUAUGACAAUGACUGCUGUAGACUAUGAUGAUCCGAACGAGGGUUCUAAUGCAAAACUUGUAUAUUCCAUAGAGAAGAAUGUUAUUGAAGAAGAGACAGGCUCACCGAUAUUUGAAAUCGAACCAGAUACUGGCGUUAUAAAAACUGCUGUCUGUUGUUUGGAUCGCGAGCGUACACCAGAUUAUUCGAUACAAGUUGUGGCGAUGGAUGGCGGGGGGUUAAAGGGGACGGGGACAGCCUCUAUACGUGUAAAAGAUAUAAAUGACAUGCCGCCACAGUUUACCAAAGAUGAGUGGUUUACAGAAGUGGACGAAACAGAUGGUACAACGUUGCCAGAAAUGCCAAUAUUGACGGUAACAGUACACGAUGAGGAUGAAACUAAUAAAUUCCAAUACAAAGUAAUUGACAACAGUGGCUAUGGUGCUGAUAAGUUUACAAUGGUGCGCAAUAAUGAUGGUACUGGUUCCUUGAAAAUCGUUCAACCUUUAGACUAUGAAGAUCAACUGCAAAGCAAUGGCUUCCGUUUCCGUAUACAAGUGAACGAUAAAGGUGAAGACAAUGACAAUGACAAAUAUCAUGUAGCCUACUCUUGGGUUGUGGUGAAAUUGCGUGAUAUUAACGAUAAUAAACCACACUUUGAGCGCGCUAACGUGGAAGUUUCUGUAUUUGAAGAUACUAAAGUUGGUACUGAGCUAGAGAAAUUCAGAGCUACUGACCCUGAUCAAGGUGGUAAGAGUAAAGUUUCGUACUCGAUUGACCGUUCUUCGGAUAGACAACGACAAUUUGCUAUCAAUCAAAAUGGUUCAGUGACAAUACAGCGCUCACUAGAUCGUGAAGUUGUGCCCAGACAUCAAGUGAAGAUUUUAGCUAUAGAUGAUGGUUCACCACCUAAAACUGCUACCGCGACUUUGACAGUGAUUGUUCAAGAUAUUAAUGACAAUGCACCAAAAUUCUUGAAGGAUUAUCGCCCAGUAUUGCCUGAACAUGUGCCACCACGCAAAGUUGUAGAAAUAUUAGCAACUGACGAUGAUGACCGUUCAAAGAGCAAUGGACCACCAUUCCAAUUCCGUUUGGAUCCCAGCGCUGAUGAUAUUAUACGUGCUUCAUUCAAAGUAGAACAAGAUCAAAAGGGCGCAAAUGGCGAUGGCAUGGCUGUUAUAUCCUCCUUGCGUUCAUUCGAUCGCGAGCAGCAAAAGGAAUACAUGAUACCGAUUGUUAUAAAGGAUCACGGUUCGCCAGCUAUGACAGGCACAAGCACUCUGACGGUCAUCAUUGGCGACGUCAACGAUAACAAAAUGCAACCUGGCGAUAAAAAUAUCUUCGUUUAUAAUUUCCAAGGACAAUCGCCUGAUACGCAGAUCGGACGUGUUUAUGUAUAUGAUUUGGAUGAUUGGGAUUUGCCUGAUAAGAAGUUCUACUGGGAGUCCCAAGAACAUCCACGUUUCAAAUUAGACGAAGAUUCCGGUAUGGUUACAAUGCGUCAGGGCACACGUGAGGGCCGUUACACCUUACGCUUUAAAGUUUAUGAUCGCAAGCACACACAAACAGAUGUACCAGCGAAUAUAACCGUAACGGUACGUGAAAUACCACAAGAAGCAGUUAUUAACUCCGGCUCAGUACGACUCUCGGGUAUUUCCGAUGAAGAUUUUAUACGUGUUUGGAAUUAUCGUACACAAAGCUUAAGUCGCUCGAAACUCGAUCGUUUCCGUGACAAAUUAGCUGAUUUACUCAAUACUGAUCGUGAAAAUGUCGACAUCUUUAGUGUGCAGUUGAAACGUAGACACCCACCACUAACAGAUGUACGUUUCUCAGCGCAUGGUUCGCCAUUCUAUAAGCCUGUGAGAUUGAAUGGUAUUGUUCUAAUGAAUCGUGAGGAAAUCGAGAAAGAUGUUGGCAUAAAUAUUACAAUGGUUGGCAUUGAUGAGUGUCUUUAUGAGAACCAAAUGUGCGAAGGUUCCUGCACGAAUACUUUAGACAUUAGUAAUUUACCAUAUAUGGUUAAUGCAAAUAAAACCGCUUUGGUUGGUGUACGCGUCGAUACAUUAGCUGAAUGUACUUGUGGCGCGCGUAAUUUCUCUAAACCCGAAUCUUGCCGUACUACACCCUGCUACAAUGGUGGUCGAUGUGUAGAUACACGUUUUGGACCACAUUGCUCUUGUCCAGCAGGCUAUACUGGACCACGCUGUCAGCAAACUACACGUAGUUUUCGUGGUAAUGGCUGGGCUUGGUAUCCACCACUAGAAAUGUGUGAUGAAUCACAUCUAAGUUUGGAAUUCAUAACACGCAAGCCCGAUGGUUUGAUCAUUUAUAAUGGCCCAAUUGUACCGCCAGAACGCGAUGAAAUGCUUAUAUCAGAUUUUAUAUCGUUAGAGUUAGAGCGUGGCUAUCCACGCCUACUAAUAGAUUUUGGAUCAGGUACAUUAGAAUUACGCGUUAAAACAAAGAAAACUUUGGAUGAUGGCGAAUGGCAUCGUAUAGAUCUGUUCUGGGAUACUGAAAAUGUACGUAUGGUGGUAGACUUCUGCAAAUCAGCAGAAAUAAGUGAAAUGGAAGAUGGCACCCCACCAGAAUUCGAUGACAUGAGCUGUCAAGCACGCGGCCAAAUACCUCCUUUCAAUGAAUAUCUAAACGUGAAUGCACCACUACAGGUGGGUGGUUUAUAUCGUGAACAGUUUGACCCAUCCUUGUAUUUCUGGCACAAUUCACCAAGCGGUAAAGGUUUUGACGGCUGUAUACGUAAUCUUGUGCAUAAUUCAAAGCUCUAUGAUUUGGCUCAUCCUGGUCUAUCACGUAAUAGUGUUGCCGGCUGCCCACAAACUGAGGAAGUAUGCUCACAGUCUGAACAGACAGCACGCUGUUGGGAGCAUGGCAACUGCAUAGGAUCGUUAUCAGAAGCACGUUGUCAGUGUCGCCCUGGUUGGACUGGACCUGCUUGUAAUAUACCCACCAUACCAACAACAUUCAAACAGCAGAGCUAUGUCAAGUAUGCACUCAGUUUCGAGCCAGACCGUUUUAGCACCCAAGUGCAGCUACGUUUUCGUACACGUGAGCAGCAUGGUGAACUAUUUCGUGUUAGUGACCAGCAUAAUCGGGAAUAUGGCAUAUUGGAAAUUAAGGAUGCACGUUUACAUUUCCGUUAUAACCUAAAUUCGUUGCGUACUGAAGAAAAAGAUUUAUGGUUAAAUGCUGUAGCAGUGGACGAUGGUCAAUGGCAUGUGGUGCGUAUUAAUCGUUACGGUUCGGCAGCGACACUAGAACUUGAUGGUGGCGAAGGACGACGUUACAAUGAGACAUUCGAAUUUAUUGGACAUCAAUGGUUGUUGGUGGAUAAGCAAGAAGGUGUUUAUGCGGGUGGAAAAGCAGAGUAUACUGGUGUAAGAACAUUUGAAGUGUAUGCUGAUUAUCAAAAGAGUUGCCUCGAUGACAUCAGGCUUGAGGGUAAGCACUUACCACUGCCGCCAGCCAUGAAUGGCACGCAAUGGGGUCAAGCAACAAUGGCGCGAAAUUUGGAAAAGAAUUGUCCAUCGAAUAAGCCAUGUUCGAAUGUCAUUUGCCCGGAUCCAUUUGAGUGUGUUGAUCUUUGGAAUGAAUAUGAGUGCACUUGCGGUGAAGGACGCAUCAUGUCACCCGAUGCCAAAGGUUGUAUGGAUCGCAAUGAAUGCCUGGAUUUGCCAUGCUUGAAUGGCGCAACAUGCAUCAAUCUAGAGCCACGUUUACGUUAUCGUUGCAUCUGUCCCGAUGGUUUCUGGGGUGAAAAUUGCGAACUUGUGCAAGAGGGACAAACGCUGAAAUUGAGCAUGGGCGCAUUGGCGGCAAUACUUGUCUGCCUCUUAAUCAUACUGAUUUUAGUUCUGGUGUUCGUGGUUUAUAAUCGUCGUCGUGAGGCGCAUAUCAAGUAUCCUGGACCGGAUGAUGAUGUACGAGAGAAUAUUAUUAACUAUGAUGAUGAAGGUGGUGGCGAAGACGAUAUGACUGCAUUUGACAUAACACCAUUACAAAUACCAAUUGGUGGACCAAUGCCACCAGAGCUAGCACCAAUGAAAAUGCCAAUUAUGUACCCUGUCAUGACAUUAAUGCCUGGUCAAGAACCCAACGUUGGCAUGUUUAUUGAAGAGCAUAAAAAACGUGCUGACGGGGAUCCAAACGCUCCACCUUUUGAUGAUUUGCGUAAUUAUGCCUACGAAGGUGGCGGCAGCACAGCCGGUUCACUUAGUUCACUAGCUUCAGGCACAGAUGAUGAGGCACAAGAAUAUGAUUAUUUAGGUGCGUGGGGUCCUCGUUUUGAUAAGCUGGCUAAUAUGUAUGGUCCAGAAGCUAAUAAUCAUACUGAAUUAGAGUUGUAAGUCAAUGCAUAAACCAUAAACCACAUCAUAAUUUGAUAUAUACAAUACGAAAAACAACAACAAAACAACAAAAAUAUAAA